UAGAGGGACGCUUCCCGUAACAGUUCAACCCUUAUUAUAUGAUAGGAAGGAGAUCAAAAAAUGUCUUCCAGUGGCACUCUCAGUAACUGCUAUGUGGACGCUAUCAUGGGCCAGGAGCCGGAGGAUGCGUACGGGGCUCGCUUUAUUCAGGCUCCGCACACGGUGACCCCGAGGCCGUCAGGUGCCGGGGACAACGCCGACUUCUCCUCUUGCCAUUUUGCACCAAAGUCCGCCGUUUUCUCCUCGUCUUGGCCCUCGGUUCACCCGCAGGGGAUUUAUCAUCCGUACAUGCACCACCAUCACCACCACCAGGCUCACCUCCCCGCCUCGGACGGCAGAUAUGUGGGCGUCCGCUCCUGGAUGGACCCCAUCUCCAACCACGUUUCGUUCGCCGGAUUUCACUCCAGCGGCCGCUCGUACGGAACAAAGCCGGAGGUCUCGCCACCGAAAGCGACAGAGUGCGACCGGCAGGAAGAAGAAGCUCGGCCGCUCGCCGGAGAAUUCGCGUGUGGAGUAUCGGAGUGUCAGGAAAAAGCGACCAAGGAGCACAGUGGAAGUGAACUUUCGAUCCACAGCGAGCCCAGAGAGGAGAAACAACAACUGGACCCGAACAACCCCGCAGCAAACUGGAUUCACGCACGCUCUACGAGAAAGAAGCGAUGCCCGUACACCAAAUAUCAGACUUUAGAGCUGGAGAAGGAGUUCCUCUUCAACAUGUAUUUGACCAGAGACCGACGCUUUGAAGUGGCCCGCAUACUCACUUUAACCGAGAGACAAGUGAAGAUCUGGUUCCAGAACCGGAGGAUGAAAAUGAAGAAGAUGAACCGGGAGAGGAGCGGCAGAGAGCUGCUAUGAAAAUCACUGCCCUUUGACACAUUUGUAUACCAAGGAAGCCAUCUGAACAAUUAAAUUGAUUUUGGUAGGAGCAUCGGUAGCCAUUUUUUGUAGACCCUAUAGAGUAAUAUUGCGUGUUGGCCUCGACGUCGCAUAUGCAGGAAUGUGUCUUUGUGACAUUCAGACUGGACAAAUACUGAUUCAUCUGAUAUUUUCAGUUUUGCCUUUCACUCAACCGCAAUAGCAGGUUUGUCAGAUUUGUUGAGCCUCCAUUGUCUGCAGGAACCGUGUAUAUGUGUAAUGCUUAUGGUUGUUAAGAAUUUGGAGUUGUAUAUAAAAAACAUUUUCAAGC